AUGUCAACAGUAUCACUUCCAGCUGUUCAACAGCCACAACAAGUGCUUGUUGCAGAACCAACACCAUCUCCACGAUAUGUCUCCAGGGGAUCCCGAGAGUUUAUCCGUCCUCCCAUCUCAUUUACUAUCAAAUUAUCUCCUCACCAUUAUCGAAAUCAACAAGCUGUGUGCUACCCGGGAGCAGUUCUUGAAGGUGUUGUGAGCGUUACACUCAAAGAACCAUUGGCUGCCCAACAUUUGAAGCUUGUUUUCAAGGCAGCAGAGAAAUUGAAUUACGACACUCUUGGCUGGGACUCUAGUAAACCCGAAGGCCGAUUAUUUGGUGUACGAACUUUACUUUGGGGAACAUCCCCAGAGGUCACGGGCCCAAUGUCCUCCCUUUGGACAGUUAUGGAAGCAGGCCAACACUCUUUCCCAUUUGUGUGUGAGCUUCCUCUUGUCAAUUACCCGCCUUCCUUUAGCCAUCAUUUGGUCGCCUGUACAUUUAGCCUCAUUGGGUCCAUCGAGCGCCCCGGCGAGAGACCGUUCCAAACUGCCCCUCUCAACCUUCAAUACCACCCCAUACUCGAAACAUGUCCACUAAAGGUCCCCAAGCCCUACAACCAGGAAAUAAAACUUUCUCACUCUCUGACGGCUCGUGUGUCUCUUGUAAACACAUCCUUUAAUAUACUUGAAAUAGAAAAGAUCCCAAUCGAGAUAAGCUUUUGUGGCCAAACAGAUCCUACCAAACUUACGCCCGCCAUCACUCACGUCGAACUUGCCCUCAAACGCUUCAUGAAAAUAUCGCGAGGACCAUUCUACCGCAACGAGGCUGUGUUGAUCAGUCGAGUUGAGCGUCGAUUGGCAGACAAAGACAAUCUAUACCUCCUCCAAUUCAAUGUACCCCUCAUCUCCGACAACACAAACCUCAAGACAACAGCGACCCUCAACUAUUCCCACCACCUCAGUUUAUCCUACCAAAUAAGUGUUUCUAUCAAAGUUCGCCAUGGACCGUUUAUGACCACAAAACGACUUUUGUGUGUUAUACCAAUCACACUGGGAACACUUCCUGCAGGUGGUCGUACUCCGUCUGACAUGAUGGUCUUUACAGAAUCCAGAGUUGUUCACGAUACCACCCUUUUGACUAAGCCAAAGUUUAUGCGACCCAUCGAAUAUUCUCCUGAACACCAACUACCAGCGUAUGAUUCCCACCGUCCCCCAAGUUACCACAUUCAUGUGCAAAAUGAAUAA